GUUUUCGGUUUCGGCCGAAACUAAAAAAGAUGGUUUCGGUCGGACUCUACAACAAAGUUUUGCAGGAAUCAUGGAUGACGAUCAGCGUCCAGAGCAUAGAGAUCCAAAUGACGUCAUGAUUGGUAGGCAUUUCAAACGAAUAUCCAUUGGAAAAAUUUUUUCCAACUAGGAAGAAAAGAUUCAUGCUUUCGAACUGUUGGUAGAGACAUUGUUCUAUUGACAAACAUUGUUCAGAAUCAAGAUGGUAUUUUUAUGAUUGGAAAUACAUUCCUCAAUGUUGAGAAUUUCUACACAUAUCCUCUGAACUCAUCAAUUCUAGGGAUUGUCCGUGUAUCUGAAAAAAAACAUGUUAAAAGAAGUUUUGCUCUGACAGAGUUUGUAGUCAUCAAAUUUAUCAACGAAACAAAAAAUGAAUCAAAUGACGACACAGAUUAUGAGGUGGGACUGGCCAAAUGGAUUACCGACUUAAACGAGGACAUGAUUGGCAUGACAAAAUGGCCUCCUCCUUCUAUAAAUGCUGGAAAACUUAUAAGAAGGGAAGUUUCCUCAAAUCCAAAUUGGCCAUUGUGUUGUGUUGAGGUAAUAAGGUAUUUCGAAACUAUCAAGAAAGCUAGGGAGAUGUUGAAGAAAUUGGUAGAUGAAAGACUAACUUCCUACGAGACUGAAAAAGAAUUAGGUCGAGGUAAAAGAAAGAAACGACCACGUACUAUAUAUACUGAGGAUAGUGAUUCAGAUGUACCAAUCCACAAUAAAAAGAAGCAGUCUCUGUCAGAUGACAGCGGCUCAGAUUCGGUUCAACAUAAGAAAAUUAAGAAGUUCAGCAAGUCAAGGGAUACGGUUAACAAAGAUAUACCCCCACCACCACCAUUGUCCUUUCAACACAGAAGUAUAAGCCCAAAUCAGAAUGACAGAAACAGAAAAAUUAUUGCGACUGUGGCACACAAAAGCACAGGAACUACUGUACCUUUAAUUGAGAAAAUCAAGAGUGGGCAAACUAACCGGCAAGAACUUUUUCAAGAACUAAAAGAAGGGUAUCUAAAAAAUACGUUUAAGAAGCAGAAAAGUACAAAAACUGUUCCUCAGCCAAAUGUCAAAAGUCCUUUAAGGGUAAAUGCUACACUACAUCAGGAGAACAUCAAUAAUAUGGGGGAUGAGAAGGAAAACGUUAUUGAUGAGUCUGAAGUUCAGUCCAACCUUGGAAUCUUUUCUGAAUGGCAAAAUUCUUUCAACAACUCAGAGUCAAGAUACACAGAAGUGGUUCGCCCAAAUAGUUCUACACCUUUGAAGUCUCCAUUAUUGCACAAUAAGAAUCCUAGAAAUGAAAUCUCUCGUCCUCAGCUGUUUAGUUGCCAACAGGAAAUUUCACAAAAUGCUAAUGAUAUUGAUAGUCUUUCCUCUGAUAUCAGUAAGAGGAUUAAAGAAAUAAAAUCUCUAUGCAAAACUACACUUGUGCGAGUGGAAGAAAUGAGCAGUAAAGUUGAUGUCACAAUUAUGAAUCAGGUGCGACUCAACCGGUCUCUCCUUCCUGCUGAUAAGAGAAUUAUUCGUCCAUCAGAUCUCCCGGCUCUUCCUAUCUACACAGAGGAUGGUUUGAAAACUAUGGAAACAUUUUUGGAAGACGACUCCAAUUUAUGAGCAACAGUAAGUUUAAAAAUGUUUUGUAUUGAUUUUUUCCAUAUAAUAUGGAGUCUCUGUG